CACGUGUAAGAGAAAGUACUGCAAAUUUCUGCGCCUUUGGCCGGUGCAGAGAGCUGUGGCCCGCUCUACUGCCAAAGAAGGCAUGGGGAGUCCUGCUAUUUCUGCUGCUGCAGCAGCAGCUGAGGCUUCUUCUCCUAAGAGGCUCAGCCGCGGCGCUGCGUGAGGCUCCCGCAGACCCAGUCAGGCUGCAAAAGCCCAGCCCCAGAGUGGUGUCUCACUCUCUCUGUGCUUCGUUAUCCACCGGAGUGAGGAAGGGCGCUCUGGAGAGGAAGCCCUUGCCCCAUCCUUUGCCCUGAGGCAGGCAGCCUGGAAUGAGCCCCUGCUGACAUGUGCAGGAUGUCUUUCAAGAAGGAGACACCACUUGCAAAUGCUGCAUUCUGGGCAGCAAGAAAAGGAAACCUGGCUCUCCUGAAACUCUUGUUAAACAGUGGUCGGGUGGAUGUGGACUGCAGAGACAGUGUAUGAACUCGCACGGCACCACGCUCCUCAUGGUGGCUUCCUACGCUGGCCACAUAGACUGUGUGAGGGAACUGGUUCUCCAAGGAGCAGAUAUCAACCUGCAGAGAGAGUCAGGUACAACCGCUCUAUUCUUUGCUGCACAACAAGGCCACAAUGAUGUGGUGAGAUUUCUCUUCGAAUUCGGAGCUUCCACUGAAUUUAGAACUAAAGAUGGUGGCACUGCAUUGUUGGCUGCUAGUCAAUAUGGUCACAUGCGAGUGGUAGAGACCUUAUUAAAGUAUGGAGCCAACAUUCAUGAUCAACUUUAUGAUGGAGCCACUGCACUCUUCCUUGCAGCCCAAGGAGGUUACUUGGAUGUGAUUCGAUUACUGCUAUCUUCUGGAGCAAAAGUCAACCAACCAAGGCAGGAUGGAACAGCUCCACUGUGGAUAGCAUCUCAGAUGGGACACAGUGAGGUAGUAAGAGUAAUGUUGCUUCGGGGGGCAGAUCGGGAUGCUGCAAGGAAUGAUGGUACAACGGCAUUACUGAAAGCUGCCAAUAAAGGGUACAAUGAUGUCAUUGAGGAACUGCUGAAGUUCUCUCCCACCCUUGGCCUUUUAAAGAAUGGAACAACAGCUCUCCAUGCUGCAGUGCUCAGUGGAAAUAUUAGAGCGGUCUCCUUGCUCCUGGAAGCAGGAGCAGACCCUGCCCUGAGAAACAAGGCAAAUGAGCUACCAGCAGAACUAACCAAAAAUGAACGCAUUUUACGUCUCCUCCGAAGUAAGGAAACACACAGGAAGAGCUAAAUCAGCUGGGGCUUCGUGGUAGCUAAGUCCUGUCCACAUUAGUGAGGAAGUAAAUUUGUUCUGCAAAUAGUUUGGACUUUGGUUCUUGAAAGCAUUUUGUUUAGUUGGCUCACCAUGCCUUCACUACUGCUCUGUGGACAAUCUUGGGGCCCACUUGCUGGGUCCUGGGUUCAAGGCUUGGAGCAGCUCCCAGACUCCUUCACUCUCACAACAGGGUGUACACACUGGCCUGUUAAAUAGACUCCACUGUGGUUUGGCACCUUCAUGGAGCCGGAAAAAAAGCCCCUUAUGUCAUUCAGUUAAUAAAUUCUAAGGUGGACAGGGCUUGCUUACAGCCCUGAUCAAGGCCAGGUAAAGUUCUGCCCCCUUUAAAGGACUCUAAGUCUGACCUUUAGCUGAUUUAUUGCACUUUCCCUUUUAUGUCACAUAUAGCUCUGUUAUUAGAAACCCAUAUGCAUAUAUUCAUCUCGGGAGAAUCUUUUACAUCUUUACAUUGUUGAAAUAUAUUUUCUUCCACUUAAGGAUCAUAGCCAUAAUGAUUAGGAACCAGGUGAAUGGAAAGGGCAAUCAACCUAUUUGUCAAGAAUGAAUAUCCUUCUCAAGGGUGAAGUGUUUGGGGGCAGCUACGGGGUGAAGUGGAUAAAGCUGUGUGACCUUGGGCAAGUCACUUAACCCUCACUGACCUGCAAAAAACAAAAAAGGGUGAAGUGUUUGACUCUAAAGAACAAUUGGCGUUUUGUGAGUCCAUCACCUCCUGAUUCUUUACCUUAAAGUAAUAACUUUGAUUAAGCUUUGGGAGGAGGGGGGCAGCUAGGUGGCCCAGUGGAUAGAGCACUGGCCCUGGAUUCAGGAGGACCUGAGUCCAAAUCCGGCCUUAGAUACUUGACACUUACUAGCUAUGUGACCUUGGGCAAGUCACUUAACCCUCAUUGCCCUGCAAAACAAACAAACAAACAAACAUAAAGAUAUGGGAGGAGGCAAAAUGAAUAUUUCAGAAGGAGACUGUGUAGACCAGUACAAAGAAGGCUAGAUUUGCAGUCAGAGAAACUGAGUUCCAAUCCCAACUCUGAUGCUUGUGACUUAUGUAACCUUGGAUAGGUAACAGUCCCUCUGGGCUCCUUUCUUCAUCUGUAAAAUGAAAGAGUUUGUACUACAUGAACUCUAAAGUUCCCCAAAGCCCCUCCCAGUUCUAUAAAAAAACACUUUCACUCUGAUUCAGGGAAAUUGCAAAAAUAUUCAAAAUUUGGACAAGUCCCCUUGAGCUUUAGUUUGAGUUCUACUCUUUGGAAAAACUCCCAGGACAAGAGGGGACUUCCUGUAUCUAUUGAGGAGUAUAGAACUUCAAAUAUAACUUUGUUUUAUGCAAUAGACUUUGAGGGCCUGGAAUAAGAUGGAAUGUAAAAAGUAAGAUGUGUUGUUACAACUACAGUUAUGUAAGUCAUGUUAUUUAUUUAGUAAACAUCUACCUGUGCAUGGAACAUGCAGAUUGAUUCCAAGAAAGCAAUUGGGUUUUGUGUUGUUUUAUUUUGAAGUUGUUCCUUUGGGGGGAAUCAUGACUUAUAUUAAAUGUACUUAAUUAUCAA